AAGUGUGUCCCUAGCAGCGGCCCGUGCAGCACUCCCGCGAGACGCUUACCUGUGCCCCAGGUGAGCGGCGAGGGGGCGGGGGAGGGGCUGAACCGGAGGCGGCUCACCUGGCGGGACAGGUGCCUGGCUGCUGCAAACCAUGCAGUGAGCCAUGCCCCACCCUGGACACCCCCGCCCAGCAUCUGGGCCUCCACGCUUGGGACCCUGGGAGCGGCCAACAGAGCUAUGUCUGGAGACAUACGAUAAACCACCUCAGCCCCCACCAAGCCGCCGUACCCGUAGACCAGACCCCAAGGACCCUGGUCACCAUGGGCCAGAGAGCAUUACCUUCAUCUCUGGCUCUGCUGAGCCAGCCACUGAGUCCCCUGCCUGCUGCCUGCUCUGGAGACCCUGGGUAUGGGAGUGGUGCCGGGCUGCCUUCUGUUUCCGCCGCUGCCGGGAUUGUCUCCAGCGCUGUGGAGCCUGUGUGCGGGGCUGCAGCCCCUGCCUGUCUUCUCGGGACUCCCCUGAGGGGACUGCUGAAGCCAACUGGGCCAAGGAGCACAAUGGAGUGCCCCCCAGCCCUGACCGUGUACCCCCCAGCCGGCGGGAUGACAAGCGGCUCAAGUCAACUGUGGGCAGCAGCUUCAGCUACCCCGACGUUAAGCUUAAAGGCAUCCCUGUGUACCCCUAUCCCAGGGCCACCUCCCCAGCCCCUGAUGUGGACUCCUGCUGCAAGGAGCCACUGGCCGAUCCCCCACCCAUGCGACACAGUCUGCCUAGCACCCUCGCCAGCAGUCCUCGUGGCUCCGAGGAGUACUACUCCUUCCAUGAGUCGGACCUGGACCUGCCUGAGAUGGGCAGUGGCUCCAUGUCGAGCCGAGAGAUCGAUGUGCUCAUCUUCAAGAAGCUGACAGAGCUGUUCAGCGUACACCAGAUCGAUGAGCUGGCCAAGUGUACGUCAGACACUGUGUUCCUGGAGAAGACCAGUAAGAUCUCAGACCUUAUCAGCAGCAUCACGCAGGACUACCACCUGGAUGAGCAGGAUGCUGAGGGCCGCCUGGUACGCGGCAUCAUUCGCAUCAGUACCCGAAAGAGCCGUGCUCGCCCACAGACCUUGGAGGGGCGUUCAACUCGGGCUGCUGCCCCCACUGCUGCUGCCCCUGACAGUGGCCAUGAGACCAUGGUGGGCUCAGGUCUCAGCCAGGAUGAGCUGACAGUGCAGAUCUCCCAGGAGACGACUGCAGAUGCCAUCGCCCGGAAGCUGAGGCCUUAUGGAGUUCCAGGGUACCCAGCCAGCCAUGACUCAUCCUUCCAGGGCACUGACACAGACUCGUCGGGGGCGCCCCUGCUACAGGUGUACUGCUAACCCUCACCAGGCCCAGCUGUCACACCCUUUUUGGGAGAAGCACAGCCUACAGAAUGAAGAGGGGCACCAGGAACCCCUGUGGGAGAGGCUGGGCCUUAGACCUGAAGCAGUGCCCACUCUGGCUCCUCCUGCCUUGGCUGACUGGGUUCCUGGACCAUGUGCAUUUCACUGGGCCAUGGAGUCUGCGUCCCCUUGCAUCCCCAGCUGGUCUGAUCCCUGCCUGGGCCUCUUCCUUCCUGCUCAUGGUCUUCAGGUGGCCUGAUCAUGGAAAGUAAGGACUUACCUUCUGGGAGUGAAUCCUGACUCCAUCCUCAUAAUAUUGCCACCCUAACCAAUCAUGCAAACUUCUCCUUCCCUGGGGGAAUUUAACAGCUAAGUUUAUCUUAAAUGUACUGUAUUGGGGGGUGGGCAGGGCCCACUCUGUUAUGUUAAGCAAUUGGUUCUGGUUCAUGGUUGAUGUUCUGUAUGUUAACAUGAUCAUAGUUUGUAAGUACAAAGGCAAUUGGCAUCUGUCUGCUUAUCUUGGCUGUCUUUUCUCUCCAGUCUGCCUCACUUAACUGCCGCCUAGAACAGGAGACAGGAUAUAGAUGACCAGCCUGGCUUAGUGCCCUGCAGUUGAAGUCAGAAGAAUAAAAUGGGAGUGAUGCUGCCCCCAUUUCAGGUUCACUGUGAGUUCCAGGAGAUAGAACCAAGCACAGUCUGUACCUGAGAAAUGCUGGAUAAAUGGUUUCUGACAUUGUUUGAGAGGUUCUUCUAGGGAGGCUUGCCUCUGUUCUCCCAGUCCACUGCCUGCAGGCUGGCCUGCUUCUGCCCAGCCCUGUUUCCCCAAAGCCCUGAUCAUCUGUUGGCACUAUCUAGCCUUGGUGGACCUGCUGCUCCCCUCCCCCGCUCUGUGGUACUAAUAGAACUGUGGGUUUCACCAGUACCGUUUUUGGCCUUUCCAAUAAUCUUGGAGAAUGGACAUUCUUCCAGAGAGGAAACCUGGGGCUCACAGCGAGGUCACGGAACUUAGGGGACAUGCAGUUAGUAACCGUGGCUCUGGGUCUCCCUGGGGCAAAUGCAGAAUCCCUUGUUUAGGUAUCAGAGCCCAGAUAAGUUCAGAAGGAUCCUAGUUGGCUGCUCCUCACACACAGGCUUAUCUACUAUUCCUCUCUUAGCAGAGAGGCCAGGGCAGGCCCACCCGCCCAUUCUUAAUUAACCAACAAGCCGAAAGUUGUUAAGGAUCCGCCCACUCCUGGCCCCAUUUGACCUGCUGUCCCCACAGCCCUUCAUAUUGUUUCUACAGGCACCCUUUAGAAAGUGACUACUAGACAAACUGUACUUGUUUGUCCAGUUUCCUAAGAAAAACAGAGGAUGGUCUCAGGGCUGUGAACACAGGGUCCAAUUCUAACUCCAAGGACCCUGUGUUCAUAGUCACACUCUGCUGUCUCAUCCAGGUCAAGGCCAACAUUAGAUUGAAAUGACCACAGGACAGAACAAGAGUCCAGAGUGGCAGAGUGACACCAUAGACCCUCCACUCUAGCCUCAGCCCUAGAUCACCAUUUUCCAAACCUUGCCUUCUAAACCACUAUUUCCAUUCCCAGAAAAAAAAAAAAAAAAAAAAGGUUUAUUAAGUUUGGAAAA